GAGAGAGAGAGAGAGAGAGAGAGAGAGAGAGAGAAAGUGGGUGUGUCAGUACAGACAUGUGACCAGGACAUUGGACGGAGUGAACGAGGAGGUGAAGCUGUCUCGCCUGCAGAUGGAGGGAGAGAGCGACGAUAAAACACCUCCUGAACACAAGUGUCCUGCUGUGUGUGAGAGUCUCCACAGUUCUGUCCACGCCAAAGAAAACAGUCCAGUGAUGAGAGCUGUGCUGUGUGCUCAGGUGUGUAAGGUGUACAGGUUUCUGACGGAGGAUCAGCGAUGGCUGCUCGUCAGGGAGCAGAUGUCAGAGACGCCGCUCUCCUUCUCUUUACCCAAACAGCUGCUGAGUGCGCUCAUACAUGAACACACACUCAGAAUCCAGGAAGUGAAGGAGCUCGGUGACCUGUCGCCCCACUGGGACGGACUCCGCCAUGAUGUCAUCGACCACUGUCACUGCCUGAUUGGCUGUUACCAGGAGACGCUGGCCGAGCUCGACAAACUCUCAGCGGCGACCUGCUUCAAGUCGAGCAGCAGGAAAUCAGACCGUCACCUUCAGUUUGUUCCGACCAAUCUGCACUCACAGAGGAUGGAGGUCACCAACCCCAGCAGCCCAG